GAAUAAAGAAACAAACAAAUAAAGAAAAUUUAGAAAAAAAUAAAACUAAAAAAAGGAACACCCUAAAAAAAUUACUUUGUCGUGUGUUGUUUUUUUUUCUAUACAGGAAAAAAAAAAUUUAAGAAUUGUUGUCAUUAACAGAUAUGAGCUAAUUUCUUCUUCUCUGCAAAUUACAAUUAAAGUUAUACAAUUAAGUAUAUAUAUAUAUACAUAUGUAUAUAUACUUAAACAAACAACAUUAUAAUAAUAUGCUUUUUGUCUCUACAAUUUAAAAAUAAAUGAUUUAUAUAUUGAAGUCUACCAGUAAUAAAUUAACAUAACAGAUGUUACCAAUAGCAGUGCUAAUAACGUAAAAAAACACAAUACCAAAAGAAGAACAACAAUAAUAACAACAACAGCUACAGCAAUAUCCGAAUAUCUAAAAACAAAAUCAAAUUAAUUUAAUUUUUAACAUAAAAACAAAACAAAAAUUUAAACUUUAAAGUUAAAAGAAAAAAUUUAAUUUAAUUUUUUUCUUAUUUUAAAAUUGAAAUUGGAAUUAAUUUCGAAAGAAAAUUACAUAAAUAGAAAGGGAUAGUAGAACAAAAACAACCAAACAUAUUUUUAUUUUUAAAAUGUUAAAUCCAAAUCAUCCCGGUUCGUCAAGACGACCGUUUUCACGUGGUGCAGCACCAAGAAGUCGUAAUCGUAUGCCAUUUUCACCACACUCGCAUCAUUCCCAAAGAAAUAAUCAUGGCCAAUGGUACAAAGAUCAAAUGGAUCACUGUUAUGCGUUAGGCGAUGUACAAACAAAUAAUAAUGGAAGUUGUUGUUCUUCUAAUAGUAAUGUUGUUAAUAAUAAUAAAGAUAUCCAACACAAUCACCUCAACCACAAUCACCACCAAAGCCUUAAUAAUAUAACAAAUUUAAAUAAUAGUAAUAAUAUUAUUAAUAAUAAUAACAUAAAUCACCAUAAUUGCCAUAAUAAUAAUAUUAAUAGUAAUAUUAUUAACAGUAAUAAUACAAAUAGCCAUAUUAGUCAUAAUUCACAUAAUAUAGUUAGUCAUCAUAGAAAUGGUUUACUGCAUAUUAAUUCUCAACCUUUACCACAUCCGUCUCCAACAUUAUCACCUACUACUACUGUUACAUUGUGUAAAACUCCUUUAAGUAGUUUUGUUGUUGGAAAUGAUGUUGAUAUUAUACCAAUUGUAUUAUCAUCAACAAAUCAUCAUAAUGAAAGCGAUGAUGAAUUAGAUCAACAUUCACGUCUUAAUAAUAUUAAUAAUUUUAAUAAUAAUAAUAUUAAUAAUAUUAAUCAUCGUUCAAAUAAUCAUAAUAGUAAUAAUAAUAAUAUUAACAAUAAUAUAAAUAGUAAUAGUAAUAAUAGUAAUAAUCAUUUAAAUCAUAUUCACCAUCAUCAUCAUAAUCAUUCUCACCAUAAUAAUAAUAAUAAUAUUAAUCAUAAUCAUCAUCGUCAUUCAGCUAUUAUUAUUCAGCGUGCUCGUUCACCUCUUUCACCAUUAAAUAAUAUAAUCAAUAAUAAUAUAAAUAAUAAUAAUAAUUUAAGUUCGCCAACAAUAUCGUUGGCAUUUGCUACAUCACCAUCAUCACCAAAUAAUAUUAAUAAUAUAAAUAAUAACAACUUAAAUUUAGCACAAUCCCACCAACCGUUAAAUAAUUCCCACAAUCCUCAUUUACAUUCCAAUAAUAUAAAUUUGAAUAAUAAUAAUUCCAUAAAUAAUCAAAAUUCCAAUCCCUUAUUAAUAAAUAAUAAUAGCAAUAAUUAUCCAACAACUACUGUUGUGUUUCCUGGUUGUAAUAAUCAAAGAUCUCAACAAAUAAUUCAUAGAGUCGCAGGACCAAGUCAUAGUCAUAAUGAUCAUAGGCGACAAAAUAUCAGCCAUAAUUUGAUGCUUAAUAAUAAUUUAAACUUAAAUAAUGGACGUUACAAUAGUAAUCAUAGUAUCAAUAAUAGUGGUAAUAAUGGUAAUAAUCAGCCACAGCAGUCAAUGGGUGGAGGAAGCAGCACCAUUAGCAAUAUCAACAAUCCAUCUGGCUCGGGGUUAAAUGAUAGAUCAAAUAUGCAUUUUGAUGGACACAACUCACGAAAUAAUUUAGAUUUAAAUCUAUUAAAUCGACAAGAUCGUAAUGGAAAUCGUGAUCGAAUUAUAAGCCCACAUCAAUAUCACAAUAACAACAAUGGUAACAAUAAUCAUUAUUCUAAUGGUCAUAGUAGCUCUAGCUAUAAUCAUCAAGCUGUUAACUCUUCAUAUAACCAUAACAACAACUGCCCAAAUGAAGGAUCUCAUUCAAUUAAAUCAGAUAGUCCAUCACGAAAGAGGCGACGGAUGUCAACGCGUUUACCAAGCCAAUCUCCUCCGUCAGGAUUAUGGGAACAGCGACGAUCUCCCCGGAUAAGAGGCGAUCCAUAUCAACACCAACAUAAUACGCAAAUGCACCAAGGAAGUCCUCCUAUUCGCAGACCACGUUUACAUCAACAGCACCAAGUACAUCACAGUCAUAAUAACAAUAGUAGUUAUGGAACUAACUACAAUAGUCAUAACAGUCACCACCAUAAUAAUAAUAAUAAUAUUAAUAAUAACAACAACAAUAUUAAUAGCAACAAUAAUAAUAAUAUUAAUAGUAAUAAUAAUAAUAUAAAUAUUAAUAACAAUAAUAAUGGUCAUAGUCAUAAUAAUAAUAAUAACAACAAUAACAAUAAUAACAAUAGUAAUAAUAAUAGUAAUAAUAAUCACGAUAAUAACAACAAUAAUGGAAAUAGCAACAAUAGCAAUAAUAAUAAUAUGAAUAUCAAUAACAAUAUUAAUAAUAAUAAUGCUAUUAAUAGCAAUAAUAGCAUUAAUAACAUUAGUAAUAAUCAACAUAUUCAACAACAGCAGUCACAAAAUAAUCAUCAUCAUCAUCAUAUUCAUCAUCAGCAACAGCAAAAUGUAAUUACUCAACAACAACAAGCAACAUCCCAACCACAGCAACAACCACCUCCCCGAACUCCUUGGGAGUCAUCGAUUCAAACAAUAUUGCAACAAACCGCCCCACAACAACAUCAAGCACCACCACCUCUAAUGGUUGAUAUUAACCAAGUUCCUGUCAGUUUACCUUUACGUCAUGAUGCCACUCCUAUAUGGACAUAUUCCACUGGUCCACAUCAUACAUCAAUAUGUGCCUACCCAGCGCCUUCAGCUCGUUUAGCUCCGUGCCAAGUACAUGGCGUUUAUUCAGCUCAGCAGUUUGCUCAACCACCACCCCCACCACCACAUUGUAAUAUAGGUGGACAUCAUUUUGGCGCAUUCCCAACCGGUGCUCAGCCCAUUACUGUAUCACAACAACCAAUACCCCAACCACCACAUCAAGCCAGUUAUCAGCAUGCACAUAUUGCCCAACAAAUAAGACGUCCUGAUGCUAUAACAUUUGAGCCUUUAGAAACACAUCAUCAUCAACAUCAUCCUCCUGGAGCUCAAUCUACAAUUCAUCAUGUCGCUCCAUUAGCCGCUGCUGCCGCAGCAGCUGCUGCUGCACAUCAUUUACAUUCCUCAGCUCAAAUGACCCAAGUUGCACAACCACAGCCUAUCUUUAUACCAGCUGAUCGUACUAAUCAAAUUGAAAUUUUAAGGCAUGCUCGUCGUACUUUAGCAGCAGCACAACGUAGGUAUGCGCGUUUUCAUUGGCCAGCACCGCAUCCACAUGCUCAUCGACAGCAAUUAGCAAUUGCACCACAUCAUCAUCAACCUACACCUGUCCAAAUUCAAACUGGUAUAAUUAAUACAGGAUUCCUACUGAAUUUCUUAGCAAUGUUCCCAUUAUCGCCUUACAGUCAGCAUGAAUUGAGUUCACCUGAUUCAAAUGAAACUGAAAAUUAUGAAGCAUUAUUAAGUCUUGCUGAACGUCUUGGAGAAGCAAAACCAAGAGGAUUAGCUCGUAAUGAAAUUGAUCAGUUGCCAAGCUAUAAAUUUAAUCCAGAAUCUCAUACAGGUGACCAAACAUCGUGCGUGGUUUGUAUGUGUGACUUUGAAAUACGUCAAGUUUUGCGGGUAUUACCAUGCUCACAUGAAUUUCAUGCAAAAUGUGUGGACAAAUGGUUGCGGUCGAAUCGAACAUGUCCCAUUUGCAGAGGAAACGCAUCUGAUUAUUUUGAAGCUGCUCAGGAAGAUCAUUAAAUGAUAAUUAUCCUUUGAAAUACAAAACUUUUUCGUUUUACUUGCUUUUUCUAAUUUACAUUGUAUAAUAUUUGAAAAUGUCUCUUAUUACUAAAUGUAAUAAUAAAUUUAUAAAAAAUUUUAGAUUUUACAUAAGAUAUUUAAACACAUGUAUGCAUGUCUACAAUAUGUAUAUGUACACUAUUAUAUUUUAGUAAAACACAUCCUAUAAUGUCCUCCGUAGGUCUAAAAAAUUUAUGUUUUUAAAAUUCUUUUUUCAUAUGCUCUAACGUUUAUACAAUAUAAUUACGCAAAUAAAAAUAAAAUUAAAUGUGAAAGCAAAGUUAUUAAAUCUUUGGUGAAAGUAUUAAAAUGUCUUUAUAAUAUGUCUACAUCGUUUUAAUAUUUAAAUUACUAAGAUUUAUUUGCAAAAGUAUAUGUAUUUCAUACAUUUUAUAGAAUACUGAAAACUAAAUAAAAUUGCACAUAAUUGAUAAAUCGGUAUUAAAUCUUUUUUUUAAAUAUAUGUAAAAUGUUAUAGAAGUCAUAUUGAAAAAACGUAUAAUAAGUAAUAAUAAAAAAUCGAAAAUACAGAAAAAAUCAAUACCAAAAAUUUAAAUUAAUGGUUAUUUUUCGUAGCAAAAUGGUUUUAUGGAUAUGUGUGGCGUAAUAUUUAUAACAUAAUGUAGAAAGGGAAAUACUCUUCUUGUCUGAAAGUAUUUAUAAUUCUGUAUGUCUAUAUAUAUAUUUUUUUAAAUUCUUCAAAGUUAAAUAAAAAUUCAAACUACUUUAAAUUACAAUAUCAACUUAAUUUUGAACAACAUUCAACUCGAUUUAUAAUCACGAAAAUUGUUGAUACCAAAGAUGAAAUGGUACCUACAUUUUCUUUAAUAAAAGAAAUAAUAUUGAUAUUAAUUAAUAUUAAUAUGAUGUAGGGUAUGUCAUAAUUAAUGCUAUUUUAACUUUUGUAAUUCUCAUAAUAUGUAUAUAUUAAUAUAAAUAAGCAUUUGAAAUACUUAUGUAUAAAGUUUGAAACAGUUCAUAUUUUAUGCAAAAUUAUUUUUUUAUAAAAACGAAAUUUUGCUUCACCAAGUAGAUAUAUAAAAGAUCAUUAACCACAAUUGUCUAAUUUUUUCUUCCUUUUUCAAUUUGUAUUUUCCUUUCUUAUUGAACUUUUUAAUAAAAUACUCAAGAAAUCGGUGUUAAGCACAAAAAAUUUGUGCUUCUGAAAGCUUACCACUCUACUUAGAUAUUUUUUCAUUCUGCUUUUUUAUGAAAUAUCAAAUGUAUUUUCUAAAAUUAUUUUAACUUGACAAAUUAAUAAUUUUCUUAUUGAAAAAUUGUUUCAAAUAUAAAUUUAACCAUUUAGAAAAUAAAGUAUUUUUAUAAUUUUUUUUAAUAUUGGUUGUUAUAAUUUUAAACACAAAUUAUAUUCGUGUUGUACAAAUAAUUGAAUAUUUAAAAUUUAUAUCGCUUUAUAUUUAGCUUUUGCGCUUAAGUGCAGUAAAAUUGUAUAUUAAAGUGCCAUUUUUUUCCGAAAUAUUUUAUUCAAAUUUGUUUUGUAGAUUUAAGAAAAGUGAAACUAAAAAAAGGGUAUUCCAUAUUCUAAAAUUUCACAAUUUUAAAUACAGAAACACAAUUUAGGGGGAUUUGUUUUAAAUUACUUAACAUUCAAAUAAUCAAAACAUUUAUAAAAAAGAUACUUCAGGAACUAUAGAGAAAAUUUAUAACAUUUUUCAUAAAAUUUUGCAAAGAAAUAUAAAAACACAUCGAUUUAUUUUGUUUCUACUACUUAUGUAUAAUAAAAGCAAUAAAUAUAACAAUAGCAAAUUUUGAUAAGUUUAUAUAUAAAAUUUAAAUUUAUGUUGAAUAUGUGCUUGAAUAAAACCAAAUUAUCAAAUAAAAAUUGAUUUUUAAUCUAAAAAUUGCAUUAACUUAAUAAAAAUUUUGAAAAAUUAGAAAAUUUCAAUUUUAUAAUGAUUCAUAGUGACCCAAUACGAACAACAAAUUAAAGCAUUUAAUAUUAAAUAAAAAGGAAACUGGCAAUACAUAGUCACAAAAAAGAAAUUUAAAGCUUUCACAUUUCAAUUGUUACGAAAUUUUAGAAGUAACCAAUUUCUAAUUAAUUAUAAUUCUAAAAAUAAAAUAAUUGUUAAAAACACUCGAAUAUGCAUAUUUUAGUAAUUAACCAAUUUUGAUGAUAAUUAAAAUAACAUUUUGAUUUUGUAGCAAAAAAAUUAAAAAAAAAAAACUAAAUUUUUCAUAGAAAUUGUAUACGUUUUAAUUAAAUGCUUCGUAACAUUAUUAAAUAAACCUAUUCAUAGGGUAUAGGUAUUUACACAAUCAUAUUUUUUUAGAUUCAAAAAUUUGUUAACAUGUAAAUUUUAAAAGUGCUUUAAUUUCAAAAAAUUAAAAAAAUUAUCAUCAAAUUUAUUAUAGUUUUUAAAAUAAUUUUAUCUUAAUAUUUUUUAAGCAUUACUUUAUUUCAAUCAUAUAUGGGAAACUAAAAGACUACUCGAUAAACCAAACCUCUAUUAUAUUAAAUUAAUAAAAUAAAAUUAAUAUUAAACACGUAUUUAGUCAAUAAUUAAGCUGCAAGAUAUAUAUAAAGAGAAUUUAUAAAAAUGUAUUUUUCAUAAAUACAAACAAAAAGAAAGUUAUAAAAAAAUAUUAAAUAAUGUUGAAUCAGAAAUUUUAAACUACAAUUUAAUUUAUGACAUAUACAUACAUAUAAAAAAUAGAUUAAAAAUAAUUUAUU